UUGAUUUGCGCGGUUUUGAAGCUUAAUCGAUUAUCACCUGUUUAUUUCGACAUAAAUUUUAACUGAUCUUCUGAGCCUAUCAUAACACCAGCGAAGGUAAUCAGCUGAUAAUUGCGAGCUCUUAUAUCGCAACACAGAGCCAGUCAAGUGUUAAUCACCCGCAAAAAUCUCCCGAAUGAUCGCAAACAAUAUCGGUGGCAACCCGAUGCGGCCACUAAAUUCACCCGCCGCCAGCCUCUCAACCCAAAAUCAGCAAUCUCUGGUUAUUAAUAAUCAAAACCCGUUACAUUCUUAUAGUUUUAACCUAAAUUGUUCUUCGUCAGCGAAUUCCGCUUUGCUAAACUCGGGUAUAUCGACCGGAUCCGUGGCUUCGUUCCCGUCACUAGCGACUCCAACUAGCUUCGGAUCUUCUGUAGCUUCGGCACAGGUUGGGGCCAAUUUGGCAAGUACUCAGGGCACUACUGCAGAUUCAAAAUUAUUUUACGGCACUUCAGGCAAUUCCUCUUUCAAUCGAAAUCAGUCAUUCUCAAACGGCAAAGUAUUCAACCCGCACUUCAGUCAAACAACGGCAGAUUCUAUCGCUUCCCAAAGCAACAAUUUUCUCCCCCAUUUUGGACCAGAAUCUAGCAGUACCCUAAAUGACUCAUCACUUUUCCCCCAGCUGAACCAAGCCAAAACAGACCAGGGUUCACUGGGUUCAAGCACAGGUGCUCCUAAUAUGGACUACUACCAGUUGCUGGAACUGACGGCUGUCGGCUAUCCCUGGAAAUUAGGGGGAGCUGGACCGAACUUCGCCAACCCCAAUGGAAGAUUGGGAGCUGGCAUUCAGAGUGCAAAACAAUAUACAGGCGCAUCAAAUAAUUAUGACUAUUUCAAAACAGCGGCCCAAUUCUAUGCCUCAGCCAACUCAUAUGCGCACUCAACCCCUGCGAACAUCUCUGGACUGGCACUGAACAACUUCCAGGGAGAAUCCAACAACAACCCUUCUUCACUGAACGACUCUUCAUCAUUUGCUGAAGGAUUGAGACCGGCCGCCUUUUCGGCUAAUAGUCAGUUUAACACACCUUACUCGAAUGCACUUCAGGUUCCGACAUCUGCAGUGCAGUUGAGUCCCGGUGUCUCGCAAUGUUCUUCGGAACCUCACCCGGCGUCUUUGUUCAACAUGUUUGCGGCAUCGUAUGCCUACAAUAACCCAUGUCUGCACGGCGCCUUCAAAACAGCCCCAGAUGGCUCCUCGUUCUACGCGAGCGGAAUGGCUGCUCUGCGCUACUACCCGUCAGCAGCAGGUGGAAUUCAUUUGGCUUCGACAAAACGCAAAGAUUUUGAAAAGGAAUGCGUUAAUUGUGGCACCACAUCAACACCCCUCUGGCGUCGGGGGGCUGGGGGCCAGUACCUGUGCAAUGCCUGUGGUCUUUACCAGAAGAUGAAUGGCACCAACCGACCUCUGGUUCGACCCAAGAGAAGAGUCACCCUUUCUAAGAAGACGGGCACGCUGUGUAGUAAUUGCAACACUUCUGUGACUACAUUAUGGCGUCGCAAUGGGAGCGGACAGCCUGUGUGUAAUGCGUGUGGACUCUACUUCAAACUUCAUUCGGUUGACAGGCCGAUUUCACUAAAGAAAAACAACAUCCAAACGCGGAACAGAAAAGCGGCCAUCAAACUCGGAAGUUCCGCCUUCACUACACACGAGACUACACACUUCGGAGGAGACAUAAAACCUCCCGGAUAUAACCCCCACCACAUGGCGCUAUCAUCUUUCCCGGGUGGUUUCGGCACCCCCUCAAAUGGGGCAGGGGCAGUAGCUGCUCAGAAUAUGUUUAACUCAGUCCACAUGCACCAUCCGGCAGGAACGGCAGCGGCGUCGUUCUUGGCGAUGGGAUCCAACGCAGCGUCGUUCAUGCCGACUCCUAGUGUAAUGGCACAGAAUAGAUUAUAUUAGACAAAACUUCCAGACUUCAAACCAAGUUUCCAGUUUAAGCACCAGAAUCUUCUCGUGACUCUAAUUUUCUUGGGUCACACUAAAUUUUCUAAUUUACACACUAA